CCAUAACAUCUUUAGUAAAUAAUAUUAAAUGCUAGAAAAACCAGCGACUCAACGUGAAGCAGUAUAAACUGCGGCAGCGUCACGCGAAUUGCCUCAUCAGUUGAAUUCACGCUGCAUAUUUGUGUUUUUGAUGUUCAAUAUGUCUCGUGCAUGAACAACCUGUUGUGUUGUCCAUCUGAUUUUCUUAGAGCAUCAUUUGUUUGGCUUUCGUAUCAGCUUAAUUAGUCAUGCAGUUGAAUAGUUUGUGUGCUUUGUGUGAGUUCCGAGGGCUGAUUUGAUAGCGGACAGUGUAAACAGAGUCAUGCAUAGAUCUUAUUGGUUAGAGAUUACUAAUAAUGCUUAUUCCUAGCACAAUGCCUGGAGUUUUGACAGAGUACAAGGAUCAGCAGCAGCUCAUUUGCUUUGACUGAAGUGGAUAUUACUGAUGUGUGGCUCUAGAGCCAGAAAGAGUUGUGUGCACGAGCUGUAUGCAGUUCAUUCUAAGAAAAUGCAUGGAAAGUGCCCAUAUUGUAGGAUGUUGGGGUAUAUCUGGAAGUGUUUCUAUUCCUCCUGUCUGCGCUUCUGGUUGAAAUGGUUGCUCCGGCUGGUCACAGGAAGAUGCGAGUUACAGCGCAUUUGUGCCCGAUGCAAAGCUGGAGCUCUGAGGACAUCACAGAUAGAGUAUUCUCUGAAGUCCUCCAAAAGCAAGGUAUUGCGAGCCGCUUUGUCUUUAAAGGAGAAUGAUUUGGAGGAUCAUCUGGCUCAAAUAAUCCGGGAAAAGAGAAUCAAGGAGCAGAAAGAUCCUACGUUUAAGAUGAAUCUUCGCCAGUGCUUGUUACAGAUCAACGGAUAUAACAAGCUGUUUGAGGCGGUUGAGGAACUAAGAAAAGAGGUGUUCGACUCUGAAAACGAGGCACACGAGACCAUGCUUCUGAAGUUGUGGGAUUUGUUGAUGCCGUCAGUGAAGUUGGAAUCGAGGAUCACUAAGCAGUGGGGAGACAUCGGUUUUCAGGGCGAUGACCCGAAGACUGACUUCAGAGGGAUGGGGAUGCUGGGACUCACAAACCUUCUUUUUUUCAGUGAGAAAUACACUGAUGCUGCCCGGCAGGUCCUGUCACAUGCGAAUCACCCCAGACUAGGAUACUCGUAUGCCAUAGUGGGCAUCAAUCUGACCGAGAUGGCAUACAGCUUGAUGAAGAGUAAUGCUCUGAAGCUUCAUUUCUAUAACGCAGUACCAGGAAAACCCGAAAUGCUGCACUUCCAUCAGUUCUACUGUUACCUGGCGUAUGAGUUCGAUAAGUUCUGGUUGGAAGAGGAGCCGGAGAGCAUUAUGGAGUUCAAUCGCUACAGAGAGAAGUUUCACGACAAGGUCAAAGGGCAGCUUCAGGUGCCGGAGGUCACGCUUCUCAUGACCGUGGACCAAGAAAAGUGACUUCAGCGUUCCAGCAUCAUUUCAAAGACAAUAGGAAACCGGAACAGUUCCUUUUGUUUUCUUUUUCCAUUGACUUCAUGAUAGUUUUUAGUUUGGAAAUGUACAACGUGCAUGAAACUUUAUUUGAAUAUUAAUAAUUAAACAACAAUUGUAUUGAGUGUACAUCAAGGGUACAUAGCUGGUUGUUUAGCUGCAUUUACCUGGUCAGGGAAAAGACUUCCACUGUUAAGUAUUACAAAAAAUACUUUAGAAGUGAUAUUUUAAACUUCCCCAUCACACAUGAACGUUUUGGUCGUGCACACAUGACUCCUGCUUCUUAAUGUUUACCCAUCUCAGGAAGUUGAUGUUUCUGUUCAUAAGAUUUUAAGAAGUUGUUUUUGUCCUAUAUGCAGAUGAUUCAACAUCUUUGCAUGUUAAAAUGCGUUUAAGUUGUAUUAAACUUUCACCCGUCAUCGUCUGCACAAUUCUUGAUGUGGCCUAUAAACAAGUAUUUAAUAUCUAAUCGGUUAUAUGAUCUGUUCUGUGAAUAUUAUUCAGACCUCAACUCAAUUCCAAAGUACAGCAUUUGUAUGCACAAACGUUGAUGUGUUGUUGUCUUAUUUAUAAACGAUGUUUGGUUUUGAAGAUGUAACUUUUUAUUCCUGAUGACCCAAUUAAUUUUAUAGUGUUGGAUUCAUACCUAAUGUUGAAGAAUAAAAUUAGUGACAUUAAAACGCAA